GCUGCAAAUGUGCUGUCAAUGUAUGGUCUCUAUGAAGGCGUCACUCAAUCACUACUCUCUGAAAAUAUGUCCACUUUUUCGACACAUAUUUAUUGGCAUUUGUUUUGAAUUUACAUUUAAUUAGUUUUAGUGUUGAUAUGAGUUGUUGUGAUUGGUUUUGUCACAACAAUUAGCGUUUCAAACAGUGAUCUUAUGAUUAGUUUUUGUGUUUGAAUUUCAUUCAUAAAAGUCAACAAAAGAGGAAAAUAUUGUAUUGUUUUUGUCGGCAUUUUUUGUGUCCAUUUAUUUUGAUCGUCGGAUCCGAAGAACACAAUGGUUAAGGACAGACUCCAUGAGCUCCGGGCGGCUCAGGAGGACACAGACAAUCAUGUGGUGAUUAUCACCGAAAACACAUCCUUACGCAACCAAAUGGACGCCUUUUUCCAAGAGGUGGAAGUGAUUCGCGAGAAUAUCGACAAAAUGUUCGCAAAUGUCGAAGAAGUGAAAAAAAUUCACUCAAAGAUCUUAAGUUCGCCGACAAAUGAUGAGAAUAUGAAGAAACAAUUAGAAGAUCUGAUGGCAGACGUGAAACGGACGGCCAGUAAAGUGAGGGAUAAGUUAAAAGCGAUAGAAAUGAAUAUCGAGGCGAUGGAGAAGAGCGGUUCUAUGAGUGCCGACUUCCGGAUCAAGAAAAUACAGCACUCGAUGUUAUUGCAGAAGUUUAUUGAUGUUAUGAAUGAUUACAAUAAGACACAAGUCGAGUAUCGGGAGAAAUGCAAGGAUCGCAUCACAAGACAAUUAUAUAUAACUGGUCGUCAGACAACUAACGAAGAAGUAGAGGAAAUGUUAGAGAGCGGCAAUCCUACCAUUUUUACACAAGGAAUAAUAACAGACACACAACAGGCCAAACAAUCACUGGCCGACAUCCAGGCCCGACACGCGGACAUUAUUAAACUCGAGAAUAACACACAACAGGCCAAACAAUCACUGGCCGACAUCCAGGCCCGACACGCGGACAUUAUUAAACUCGAGAAUAGUAUCCGGGAAAUGCAUGAUAUGUUCAUUGAUAUGGCACUCCUUAUUGAGAAUCAGGGAGAGAUAAUCGACAGAAUUGAGACACAAGUGGUCACAUCGAGAGAGUACGUCGAAGAUGGCAAACAAGAGACCAAAAAAGCACUCGCUUUCCAAUCAAAGUCUAGAAAGAAAUGUAUAUUUAUAGUGAUUAUAUUGAUUCUAUUGGCGGUUGUCAUCACUUGUCUUAUCGUUUUUCUAUCGUAGGUUUUUCAUUACUUCAAUUUUCCCAACAGUUUGUUAUCAUUGUUUCCCAACAAUUCUUCGUUGAAAUUCUGUGAUAAUAUCUGUCAGAAUUGGCGACCAAUUCUAUCCCUCUUAUAACUCGUCUAUUAUUGCAAACUAUUUUCAAUGUCUUUGCAAUUGUUUUUAUAAAUUGUGCUUAAAUUUGAUAAAUUCCUGUAAUCUGAGUCUUCUGUGUCUUCAACUGUCGCUUCCGCUUAUCGUAACAAUUGUUUAAUUAAUCCCUAAAUAACUGUUAAUUGUUUACAUG